AUGAUAGUCUUGCUCCACUUUACACUGCUUCUUCUUUGGGUGACCAAAGAAUCCGUAACCUGUAUGGAUUCAGAGAGGCCUGUUGUGACCGUAAAUGUGGCAUUAGGGGAAUCGCUUACACUGAACUGCACCUACAACUGCUCUGCUGGAUUCGUACGUGGCUGUUGGAGGAGAGCGUUGGACAACUCUGACUGUCUAGGGACCACACACGGAGAAUUUUGCACAGUAUCUUUUCACUUGCUAAAUGUAUCAGUGGAAGAUCUUAGGUAUAACUACACUUGCUAUACAGUGGAAACAGAUGACAAGCAACUUCAACAAAAAACAGAGCACACUGUCUUACUACAGUUUAAAGCUCAUACCAGGACCACAAGCCAGACGGUCACCCCUCUCCCUGAAACUCCAGCUGUAUCACUUCAAACAUACCCACGAGACUCAGGAGAAGGGGAAUUUACAGGAAUAAAGGUGCUGGCAGCUGUAACUGUAGUUGUGGCCGUAGUCCUGGCAGUUUUGACUGUUUCCCUUUGUAUGAACAGGAGCAGACAAAGCCGGAACGGUAAAGGGCAGCCAGCUGUGCCCGAUUCAGAUGCAUCAACAGCAUCUCACGCUGUUUGUUCACCAACUAAGGGGUCGUCAGCAACACAAAGUGAACGAGUGACGGUGAGGCUUCCUACUCAAGAUAACCAGAGUGAUACCGAGGUUCCAUAUGCUGAUAUAAUGAUCGCUGUCCGAGGAGCCAGUACACCAGAACUCACUCAGAUCUGUUACUUAUCUCCUGACGAUCAAAGUAAGAAGUGGAGAGAAGAGUCAAGACUUAGCCCUGCACCAAGAUCCCACUUGCAGAUGUCACGCUCCACUGACAGGCUGCAUGUCCAUUCCAGAGACAUCACCCGAAAAAUGAGCACCAGCUCUGAGUAUGCAGUCAUCACAUACUCCUGACUGCAGGAUGCCUCAGCUGAGGAGGGGAUUUUUUUUAAGAUUUUCUCACAAUUGUUGGAUAUGUUUGACUUGUGUCAUCUAAUUUUGCCAUUAACAUGCAUGUUGCGUAUUGUGCUGACGUCUUGUAUGUUUAUUAUACGUUUUGUCCUUUGUCAAGUUGG